AACUGAAACGUCAAAAUAAACUGUCAAAAAAACACAACAACAGAAAAUUUGAAUUUAAAUGAAUUAUUUCGUAAUUUUGUUGGCUUAUUUCCAUUUAGAACUAUGAAUAGGCAUGGAUUUGAUUCGAAAGUCAAGAAAACUCUUAACAGAAACUGUGAACAGAAGACCAAACCCCCAGCUCUCAAGGAAACAUCAGUAUUUGAUAUAGGCUGUUCCAACUUGCCAACUGCCGAUCGAAGUUCACGGUCUUCUCAAAAAGAAAAUCAAUUGAAUCAGCCUUCCUUGUGCUCUAGCGAAGCGUUGGCUCACUAUUUAACUGAUGUGAAGAAGUCCUUACCAUCUCCUACGCCUCUUGAAGAUAUUGAUAAAUGUCAGUAUAGCUCAAAGAUGACGAAAAAAUUAAAUUUCCACUUCAAUGAUAGAAUCUACAAAAACUUAAUAGAACUUAAUGCAAAUGUUGAAGAUUUGAAGACAAAGAGGGACAAGAGAGUCCAUAGUGCAAGUUCCAGUAAACGGGAUAUGGAGCCCAAUAUAGAAGAUUUUUACCAGGACGAAAUUGAAAGUGACGUUAUGCCAGUGAUACCUGUAAUAAAACCAAAAUUCAAGCCAGUGAAGAAAGUUGAAAAUGGACAGUUACAUAGACUUAUCGCAUCCUUUGAAGAUUUAUGACCCAAAAUAAAAACAUGUCAUGAA